AACGAAUGACGCGUCUGCGAUAACGAGUUCUAUCGGAAGCCAAGUAAUUGGCAAGUCAUCGUCUAGGGGUGGCCGGCUGACUUUGGGACACAAAGUUGUUUGGUGUUUAUUGAGUACUCAGGGC